AAUCAAAGAAGAAAAAUAACAGAAAGAGAGAAAAAAAUGACUAUCGUACGUCUUUUAUAUGGCUACUUGUUCUUUUUCUUGCUAUGGAAGUUGUUAUAUGCUCUCUUUUUAUCACCCAUUUUUGCGCUGCAAAAGCUGCGUAAAAAUGGGUUAAAAGGACCAAGGCCUAUUUUUCCAUUAGGAAAUUUGAUCGAUAUAAAGAAGAAGCUUAAAGAAACCAAGUCAUUGUAUUAUCCUUCAUCUCGUGAGAAUAUCUCCCAUGAUAUUCAUUCAUCUUCUCUUCCACAUUUUGCUCAAUGGCAAAAGUUGUAUGGGAAAGUAUUUGUAUAUUGGAUGGGAGUGGAACCAUUUUUGUAUAUAGCAGAUCCUGAAUUCUUGAAGCAAAUGAAUGGUUGUGUAAUGGCAAAGGAUUGGGGCAAACCAAAAGCAUUCAUAAGGGAUAGAAUACCAUUGUUUGGAGAAUAUGGUCUUACCAUGAUUGAAGGUGAAGAUUGGGCUCGUCAUAGGCAUAUUGCUACCCCAGCUUUCUCUUCCACUAGCUUGAAGGGCAUGGCAAAUCUAAUUGCGGAAUCUACAACAAAGGUGAUACGUAAUUGGACAACUCGUAUUGGUAUGUCAAAUAAGCUUGAACUCGAAAUGGAAAGAGAGGUUUCAACACUAGCCGGGGAAAUAAUGGCCAAAACCAAUUUAGGAAUUAAUGGUGAAUUAGGACAUAUUUUGUUUGAAAAAUUAAGGGCUCUACAAAUUAAUUUGUUCAAACAUUCAAGGUAUCUUGGAGUACCUUAUGGUCAUUUUUUGAAAUUGGGAAGAACCCUAGAAGCUAAAAAGUUAGGGAAAGAAAUUGAUGAUAUAAUUAUAUCUAUCAUAAAUUCAAGAAAAAAGGUUAUUAGUGAGGAAAAAAAAAAUGAUUUAUUGGGAUUAUUGCUUGAGAGCGAGGAAUAUGUUAAUGGUAAAAAUGUGGGAAAGUUGAGUACUAGAGAAAUUAUUGAUGAAUGUAAGACAUUCUUCUUAGGAGGGCAUGAUACGGUUGCAUUAACAUUGACAUGGACAUUGAUGCUUUUGGCUAUGUAUCCAAAUUGGCAAGAUGAAUUAAGGCAAGAAAUCAAAGAGGUUAUUGGGGAGAAGGAUAACUUGGAUUUCACCAUGCUUCCUAAACUUAAGAAGAUGGGGUGGGUUAUGAAUGAAGUACUACGAUUAUAUCCCUCUGCACCAAAUACACAAAGGCAAGCAAGAAGUGAUAUUCAAGUAGGUGAUGUAGUGAUCCCAAAUGGUACCAAUGUAUGGAUUGAUGUUGUGAGUAUGCACCAUGAUCGAGGUUUAUGGGGAGAUGACGUUAAUGAAUUUAAGCCAGAAAGGUUUGACGGAGACUUGUAUGGUGGAUGCAAGCAUAAAAUGGCUUACUUACCAUUCGGAUUCGGAGGAAGAAUGUGUCUUGGCAAGAACUUUGCUAUCAUGGAAUACAAGAUUGUGACUGCGUCAAUUCUUCGUCACUUUUCAUUUUCAAUAUCUCCAUCGUAUCGACAUUUUCCCAUGCAUUUUUUCACAUUUAGACCUGAUACAGGGAUGCCUCUUAUUGUUGAACCUCUUUAAUGUCUUAUAUAAUGAAUAUUUUGCACAUCAUUGUACACUUAAACUUACAUUGCUUAAAAACAAUGUUGGGGCAAGAGAGAGAUAGUACUAAGUAUGUAGAAGUUGUUCGGUUGUACAAGACUCUACAAACAAGAUGUCUGUUACAUUAGUUUAAAUUAAUGUACAUUUAAUUAAGCCUUAAAUAAA